CAUAUCACAGAGGCAGUGCUGGCUGUCUACACUACACACUACACACUACACACACACACACACACACACACACACACACACACACACACACACACACACACACACACACACACACACACACAAACACAAACGUCAUGCCGUUACAGAACUCAAAUACACACACAGGCAUGAUCGCAUACUGAAACACUCACCACUUAAACAUACCUCCUGAGAGUGCACUCCCUUCGGCAGAUACACACUUCCCCUUGAACCAGAUGCCUCUGUUAAAGGGGGAGGACAUGCUGAUUUGAGGAUUUAACUUGGCUGUCUCCGUAAAACGGGAGUGAGAACAAGACAGAGAAGGAUUUAUUUGGGGACACCUUCCGCCACAGGAAAUGGUAAACUUGUCAGCAUGACACGUUGUCUGGAUUCCCCUCUCCACCUCAGGCAAAAAUCCUGAAAAUGAUGGAUGACAACAAGCAGUUGGCUCAACGCAUCGAUGGUGCCAUCCAGUCCGCCAGUCAGGAGGUGACAAACCUGCGGUCAGAGCUGAGCGCCACCAGCAGCAGACUGGCCGAGCUUGGGGCUACCGACUCCGGCAUGGUCGAGAUCCUGCAGCACAACCACAACGAUCCCUCCUCCCAGCCGAGGCAGAAGCUGCCAGCCACUGACCCCUGCUACAAAUCUGACAUCAGCAGUUUAAUGGACUUCAACUCUCCGGAUGCUUCCCUAGACAAAGUCCUGCUGCGUGAGGAGGUGGCCCAGCUCCAAGAGGAAGUGCACCUGCUGCGGCAGAUGAAGGACAUGUUGAAUAAGGACCUGGAGGAGACCCAGGGAGGCUGCUCGGCCGACGUGCUCUCAGCCACCGAACUCCGUGUGCAGCUGGCCCAAAAGGAGCAGGAGCUGGACCGAGCCAAGGAGGCUCUGCAAGCCAUGAAGUCAGACCGAAAGCGCCUGAAGGCGGAGAAAGCAGAUCUGGUGAACCAGAUGCAGCAGCUUUACGCCACACUGGAGAGCCGGGAGGAGCAGCUCCGAGACUUCAUACGCAACUAUGAGCAGCACAGAAAAGAGAGCGAGGAUGCGGUGAAGGCGCUGGCAAAAGAGAAGGACCUGCUGGAGAGAGAGAAGUGGGACCUGCGGCGGCAGACAAAGGAAGCAACGGAGCACACAGGGAUGCUGCGCUCCCAGCUCGACCUGAAGGAGAAUCGCAUCAAAGAGCUGGAGGCUGAACUGGCCAUGGCCAAACAGUCACUAUCCACCCUGACCAAGGAUGUGCCCAAGCGUCACUCUCUGGCCAUGCCCACAGAAACGGUUGUCAACGGAAACAACCAGGAGUGGGUGAUGCAUGCGGACCUCCCCCUGACCGCUGCCAUCAGACAGAGUCAGCAGACCCUGUAUGUUCACACAGGACAUCCUACUGACAGACAAGUGGCUGCCGUGCGUGUAAGCCCUUGUCACUCACGUCAGCCCUCCAUCAUCUCUGACGCCUCGGCUAUGGAGGGAGACCGCUCAUCUACACCUAGUGACAUCAACUCACCACGCCAUCGGACUCACUCCCUCUGCAAUUCCCUAGAAGAUCUGGAGGAGGCGAAGCGUAAGAAGAAGAAAGAGAAGAUGGGGCUGGGCUCUCUGUCGCGCGUCUUUGCCCGGGGAAAGCAGCGCAAAUCCCUCGACCCUGGUUUGUUUGAUGGUACUUCAACGCCUGAUUAUUACAUAGAGGAAGAUGCAGACUGUGAAGUGACCCAGAGAGUGAUCAAUCAGACCAAGGUUCGGCUGCUCAUGGCUGCGCUCUUCUGCACUUACGCUUCAAAAAUGGGAAAUUAUUCACAAUCAGACACACGGGUUGACAUUAUACUUAAAGUACUAAUUUGUUACACUAUGUUUUUUGUUUUUAUUGCUCACUACACUCACUCCCACCUUUGCCCUCACUCACUCCCUUCAACUACAAUACCCACAUCUCCUCCCCUGUCCACUCCCCCCUUCCCCUCACCCACUUACCCAGACUCAGACAGCAUCUCCAGCCCCACCAGACACAGCCUCAGCCUGUCAGACGGCUCAGAGGACCAGCUGGACCGCCUCCAGCAGGUGGAGCUAGCCAGGACCACACCCAUGUCCCUGUGGAGGGCAGGCACUGUGCAGGCCUGGCUAGAGGUUGUCAUGGCGAUGCCCAUGUACAUCCGCACAUGCUCUGAAAAUGUCAAGAGUGGAAAGGUCUUACUUGGGUUAACAGAUGAAGACCUGGAGAUGGGUCUAGGAGUCAGCAAUAUAAUGCAUCGCCGCAAACUCCGCUUGGCCAUUGAGGAUUACAGGGAUGCUGAGAACGGUAGAGGGCUGUCCAAGGCUGCAGAUAUGGACCACCACUGGGUGGCCAAGGCCUGGUUAAGUGACAUAGGUUUGCCUCAGUAUUCUCAAGCCUUUCACAACCACUUGGUAGACGGACGCAUGCUGAACUCUCUGACACGUCGUGACCUUGAACGCCACCUCAACAUCACCAAGAAGUUCCACCAAGUCAGCUUGCUUCUAGGUAUCGAACUGCUGCACUUACUCAAUUUUGACAAGGAGGCUCUGCAGGCUCGCCGUGUACAGUGUGAAUACCAGAACGUAGAUCCAUUGGUGUGGACCUCCCAUCGGGUUGUGAAAUGGGUCAAAGAUAUUGACCUUAAGGAGUUUGCUGAAAAUCUUUUGAACAGUGGAGUUCACGGCGCUGCCAUGGUGCUUGACCCUACUUUCAACACUGACACCAUGGCAACAUCACUGGGGAUCCCAAGCAACAAGCACAUGGUGAGGAGGCACCUCGUUGAGGAGAUGAAAAUACUGAUUGGCCCAGCCAGGACAGAUGCCAAGCAGGACUACGAGGGUCUAGGUCUUGGAACGCCACCAACCCUCCUUCGCCAAAACUCCCUGGUUAGACCGCUCAGCUCUACUGGACGAAACCCUGAUGAUGACGGCUCGCUCAGAAGGAGGGCUGUGAAGCCUCCAACAGGAUUUAGCCCCAAAGCACGCAAUGGGAGGGACCUGAGUUGCCAUAGCAGCUAUGGCUCUCUGCCUCGAGAUGUUGGAGACCAAACUCCCCCCAGAGCCGAGGGAAGCCCUAUCCGAGGUUUCACCAGCAUCGAGGUCACCAACGUGUGAUGACCUUACAGGAGGGGCGGACAAACACAAGUCAUCAGCAUCAGCGUCAUUAUAGACAAAUCUACAUCAUGGACAUUUGUCUUCCAUGUUACGGUUAUCUUUUGUAAUAAUGAGCCUUCACAGGACAGAUUGCACUUUUUAAAGGGACAGGAAUCUAUUUUACAAGUUUCCUGGUUUCAGAAAAGAAAAAUUACGAGACACUUUUUGGGCAAAUGUAUUUUGCUGUUUUCUUCCCCAAUGCCAGAAUCAGAAGAUGCAGGAUUCAAGCUAGAUGAUUAUUUUUGUAUUUUCUUUAAGUAAAUGUGUUCUUGUGAACAAGGAUGUUGUUUGGCAAUUUGUUUUUGACAAGUAGUCACUACUGACUGACAGUCUGUUUCUAUGACUAUUACAGUUUUAAAACUGUAAUACUGAGACUUGUUGACUCAGUGAAAAAAGUUUUAUAUCAGUGUAAAUUGUUAGUUUCAUUCAAUUCUGCUGUUUGUGAUGCCUUGUCAACGUAGCUGAGGACAGUGGACAAAAAAAGGACUUGAGUUGAAUUUUAAAUUCUAGGAUAUAUGUUUGUUAGUCAUUUUUCAUCUUGCACACUUACACAGUCGUGUCUAAAGAAAUGUAGCACCCUAUUCUGAUUUAUACUGUGCAGUAAACAUUGAAAAAUAUUUGAAUAAUGCCAAGAAAAGAUGACCACAGUGCUGUGUGUCCAUGGAUGGUGUGUGAAUGUAUAUUUGUGACAUUGAACUAUUACAUUUUAAUAAAAUAAAGAUGACAUCUCAUAUUUAGGAGUCAUGUGACCCUAAUCUUCAGCAGAGAAUUCAAUAAAAACAUAUUUUAAAAGAA